AUGGAUAAGCCUACUGAUGAAAUGUUUGCUGAAGAUUUGAGUCUGAAGGGUUGGAUAAAUGAGUCACUGUCAAAUGCAAUCAGCCAGGUGAUAGAUGCCAACUUGAUAAGACCCGAGGAACCGAACUUAAAAACCAAGGUCCAGUGUGUAUCAUCCAUCAUGGAGUUGGCUUUAAAUUGCAGUGUAGAAUUACCAGAGGAGAGGAUCUGCAUCAAAGAUGUUCUGUCAGCCCUCAAGAAGAUCAAACUUCAGUUCAUUGCAAAUUGUAGAACGGUUUAA